GUUAACAGUUGUCGGCAGUUAAAAAUUUUUAAAUUUUAUUCAAGCGCAAAGGAUUUUAAUAAAAUCUAAUUCAAGGUUUAUUUAGAAAUUCCAACAUGGAAGAGCUAUUAGAAGAGAUUCAAGCAAUACAAAAGUUUCUUUAUGGUGGAUAUAAGAUUGAAAGUGACACAAAUCUUGAUUGGUUGGAUCAAUUAUCAACACAGUUUGUAAAACUAUUUCAAAUUUUACAAAAAUUCUUGAUGUUUGAUAUCACAACACCGACUAACCGAACAACAAUAAUCGAGCAAUCCUUUUUAUGUGCGCAACAGAUCGUUGUUUGUUUAAAGUUUUUAGAGAAAACUGUGAAUAAGGAGAAGGAAGUUGGAUGUUUAAUAACUUCAAGGCAAUGCUUCUUUGAGAGGAUCUUAUGGUGUAUAGCGCGAUUAAAAUCAACGAUCAAGAGUGCAAAUGAUCAUGUCGUAACAAGUGUUGUUGAAGCUGAUAAUUUUGUGACUUUGCUUGAUUGUUCAUUGGACAUUCUUUCAUCUUUCGUUGCACUUGAUGGCAGCAAUGAUAAUUUAACAAACAAAGCUGAAAGACGAGCUGAAAUGAUGAUGGAGAGUCGUGAACUUCGCAGUAUCAUUGAAAGGUUGCUCUCACAUUCUCUGGCUUUCUCUAACAUCGCUUUACAUUCUGAUAAGAAUCCAUUAACAAUUUUGUCACAAAAUGUUUUGAAAAUUGCGAUGGAAUUUGAAGAAGAAUUUUCCUUAUCGCAACCUGGAAAAAAGUUGAAUGCAACAGAUCAAAGAAUGAAAGCAAUGGACCUUGAGACGUCACUUUGUAGUCUUGAAAGUUUUCUUAAUAAUUCAUUACUUCGAUUAGUUGUCGAAGUUUUCCAUGUUAUGGAUGGAAAAACAAUUGAGCGACUUAAAAAUUCCUCAAAUUCUUCAACUGUUGACGUUGAAAUCGAAAAGUUUGAUCUUCUAAUUGAUCGCUUAAUUCAAAUUGGACAUUUUGCCAUUUCUUUCAGUCGUGAUGACUUGAAACUUUCAUCGUUGAUUCGUUCAUGUCUCGCUUCAAUUGAGUCUCUCGACUCAUACAUCAUUCCAGCAGUGAUGAGUAAAUCUGAUCCAUCUCUUGAUAUUCUUCAAGAUCAUUUUGAAGAAGAAGUUAAAGAACUUCAACAUCAUGUCCAACAAAUCAUCGACACGAAAGCAUUUUGUGGAACUUUACAAGAUUUGUUGAACGUUGGAAUAGAAACAAACAGAAAAGUUUUUGAUGAAAAUUCUCUUCAAACGCUCAUUAAACAAACAAAAAUUUUGCUUGAUCAUUUCCAAGUCAACAGCAAGAAUCUUCAAUUGACACAAGAUAAAGUCUCGAAAUUUUACUUUAGCGACUUCAAACUUAUUCUAACAGAAUGCGAAGCAAUUCUCAACUUUCCCGAACCUAUCGAAGAUCGUGAGCGCAGAAUUUUGAAACGUUUCUGUAUCUUAAACAACACAAUCAGAAAACUUCAAAAUGCUAUUAAAAAUCUUUCAAAUUUUGAUGUUGGUGAAGAAGAAAAAGCAAUCGAAAUUGAAAAGAAUAUUGCGACUGCUUCUCAAUGUCCAUCGAAGUGUGCUGAUUAUUUCAACACUAUUCGACCUUCAGCUCUCGGUUCUGUUCUCUACGAAUCAAAAAGAUCAAAGAAAAAUCCUUUUAAGAGUUCGUCUAAUCACACAAAAAUCAUCAACAGCACACUUAGACGAUCAAGCAACAAACGUAAAAGUUUAAGAAUGGUCAUCUUUAAACGAAAUCAUCAAAUUGAAGCAGAAGAAGCUUGGAAUAAAGAUGAAACAACGGAUUUGCAGAUCACUGAAAUUCUUGAGAAACUCACCGAUUUAUCGACGAGCCUCAAAAAAUGUUCAAUCAAAUGA